GUGUGAGUUUCUUGGAACAGCAACUAUAACAUCAACGCAACUCUCAGUCUCUUUUGGCCGUCAGGACUGUACACUUCCAGGACUAAGUGUUCCAUAUCUAACAGCUUGUAAAGUUUGCUUGUUCUUCACGAGAGACUCCGACAAAUAUGACUGGGGAGGCUGAAGAUCUGAGCAAGGAACAAGUCCAAAUGUUGCGAAAAGCUUUCGACAUGUUCGACAGGGAUAAGAAAGGCGUCAUCCACACCAACAUGGUGUCUACUAUCCUCAGGACUCUAGGCCAAACCUUCGAAGAGAAGGAUCUAAAAGAUCUAAUCGCUGAGAUCGAUCAGGACGGAAGCGGCGAACUUGAGUUUGAAGAAUUCAUGGCGCUGGCAGCUAGGUUUUUGGUGGAAGAGGAUGCAGAGGCUAUGCAGGAAGAGCUUCGAGAAGCCUUUCGGUUGUAUGAUAAACAAGGCCAAGGUUUUAUAAAUGUAUCUGAUCUGCGAGACAUCUUAAGGGCUUUAGAUGACAAGCUGACAGAAGAUGAAUUGGACGAAAUGAUUGCUGAGAUCGACACAGACGGCAGCGGGACCGUUGAUUUCGACGAGUUCAUGGAGAUGAUGACAGGAGAGUAAAGUUCUGUGGAGAGAAGUAACAACAAUUCGUAGGGGUGCACUCCCCCUCCAUAUCUUAUGGCCGUUUUACAUAUUGCUAUUGGUUGGUUGUUUUUAGCAAUCGUCCAAUAUAUAUACUUUUUUGUUACAAAUAAAUAUUCACUUUAAUUCAAAUCCUCGCAUUGCUGUUUCUAUGUGGUAGUUUCAGCAAAACGAAUAAAUGUGAACAAUAUCAUUUUCGUGAUCUGAAAAUUUAGAAUUCAGGUUUUUUUCAGUUUCGUUUAUGCAGUGGCACUUGUAAAAGUUUUAAAUUGUUAAAUA